CAGGGAGAGCCCUCACUUUCCUGCUAGCAACACUGUCCUCAGAACAUCCACAAUGGCAUUCAAUGGAACCUGGCAGGUCUAUGCUCAGGAGAAUGUGGAAGAGUUUAUGAAAGCCCUUGGGUUCUCAGACGACGUGAUCAAAGUCGGCAAAGAUGUUAAGCCCAUUGUUGAAAUACAACAAAAAGGAGACAACUUUGUUGUGACAUCAAAAACACCCAAGAAAUCUGUAACUAACUCAUUCACACUUGGAAAAGAGGCUGACAUCACUACAAUGGAUGGCAGAAAGCUCAAGUGUACUGUGAACAUGGUCAACGGGAAACUUGUGUGCAAAUCAGAAAAAUUCUCCCACGAGCAAGAAGUUAAAGGAAGUGAAAUGGUGGAGACUAUGACGUUUGGUGGAGUAACACUUGUCAGAAGAAGCAAGAAAAUUUAAGCACAGACUCCCUUCUUUGUGUCAUCUUUGCAUACCUAAAAUAAACUGCAGUUUCCACAGUC